AUGUCUGACGCAGCCGCUGAUGAAGAAGCAACAGCAGCAGCAGCUCCGGCUGCGAGGCACCCAGCCGCCGAUCGGCUGGUUUCGCUCAAAACACAGCGGCAGAACCUGAAGCGGCAGCUCCAGCAAGCGAACCGUGAGGUUCGCAAUGAGGAGAAAAAGCGACAGAGACUCAUGCGGCGCGCUGGCAAGUUGAGCUCUGCUGAUCUCACCUGGCUGCUGGCGCGUCGAGUGCAAUCUGAGCAGUCUGAGCAGAUGUCCACAUAG